AUGCAACCUAAAGCCGAAUCGAAAGGAGCUAAGAAAGCCGCCACUAAGGCGAAGGCCCAGAGAACUGGGGACAAGAAGAAGCGCAGUAAGAGGAGGGAAUCAUAUGCCAUCUACAUUUACAAAGUCCUGAAGCAGGUCCACCCAGACACUGGCGUUUCCAGCAAAGCUAUGAGCAUCAUGAACUCGUUUGUCGAUGACAUUUUCGAGAGAAUCGCCGCUGAAGCUUCCCGCCUGGCCCACUACAACAAACGCUCAACCAUCACCAGCAGAGAAAUCCAGACCGCUGUCCGACUUCUCUUGCCCGGUGAAUUGGCCAAGCACGCCGUCUCUGAGGGUACCAAGGCUGUCACCAAGUAA